UUUUUACUUUCUGAUGUAUGUGAGGUUUCUACUGCUGUCAUAUGUGGAUUUAGCUAUAUGUAGAUAUAUAUGCUUUGUUAUUUAUUAGUGUGUGAGUAUUUGAAAUUGCAGUUGAGUUGACUGUAGAACUUCAGCAGCAAAUAUGUUUGCUUGAGUUGUCUGGUUUUCACUUUGUCUUGUUUUAUUUUUGCUUUUCUGUAAUCGUAGGAUCAGCCUACAUGUGUUUUAUGUAGCUUUUAACAAUACAGGUUUGAGUGUGUUGAGUCUCAUCAGGCUGAUUAAACUAGAGUUUAGGGAGGGACUGAGUGUUUGUGCGCACACAUAUGUAAUUAUGAAGGAGGAGAUUGCUGCUGCCGUGUUUUUUGUGGCUCGGUUGGUGAAGAGAUAUGGCUGUGUGGAUAAUGACAGCAGGGAGCGCUUUGCUGCUGCCCUCACCUCAGUUCUGUUUGAGAACUACAAGAACCACUGGCACCCAAACACACCCACUAAAGGACAGGCAUACAGGUGUCUGCGUAUGAACCGUGUUCAGCUGCAGGACCCUGUGCUACAGCAGGUUUGCGAGCGGAGUGGGGUGCAGUACGACGAUCUGGGCCUUCCCCGGGAGCUGACGGUGUGGGUCGACCCUGGAGAGGUGUCCUGCAGGUAUGGUGAACACAGCACUCCCUUCUGCAUCUCAGUGGUGGACAGCUGCCAACGUGGAGAUGGGGAAUUUUCUCGCCGUGUCCAUGAUGCUGUGGAGCGGGCAAGCCUUGACAUCCCAUCAGGAAGCUCAUCAGAUGAGGAGGAUACAGGAGAGGACAACAGUGUGAGCAGCAGCAGCAACAGCAGUGGUGGACUGUCAGCUGCCUGCCCUGCUGCCAUCCCAUCCACCAACCCUGAACCCAAAACCAUUCCAACUGUCAGCAACCCCAACAGUGUCUACCGGUUCAGUGAGUAUUCUCCUGGCGCCCCUCAGACCUGGCUAAGAGAGAAGCGGAAGCCAUUUGCUGGGGAUGCAUUCCCACCACACGUGGCUCCAGCUGGUGGUCCAAGUUCCCAGUUCUCUGGCCAGAAAGGCUUCAAGCCCUAUCGAGCCACAUUUACCUUCACAGGGCCUCGUGUUGACAAGUACCACUGGGUCAGCAAAUCCCGAUCCUAGCAAGUCCAGUCUGCAGCCUAGAAACAGAACCAGGUUGCUGCUUGGAUGGCAGAUAUAACGCUGGUUCAAAGAGUAUCUGUGGGGGAAUAAUAUUUCAGGACAGUUUGUAUCUUUAAGCAUAUGAGUUUAUUCAAACAUGGUUUAAAGUAAUGAUUUAUGCUGUUCAAGCAUGGUUUUUAAACAUUGAAAUAUUCAUGUUUUAACUAAUCCCUCAUUUCUAAAUGUUUUUAACUAAUAUUGAAGUACAUGUGAAUAAAGUAACGCAACUGUCAUUGAAAAGAUAAAUUGC